GCGAGGUAGUCGCACUUCAGACGCAUGUGUGUGGUGGUCAAGGAGUCGUCGGUGAUCCUCCCCCUUUACUCUCCAUCACACGUACAGCCAUCAUGUCGUUCGAUGAGAAGAAAUCCCCAGACCAGAUUUCCCAGACACCGUCGGUCGCGUCUGAUUCGAGUCGUCUGGAGGCCCUCGAUCAACUGGAAAUUCUCCCCCAGAUCCUGCAAGAAGGCAUUUUAUUUGCUGGAUCAGGAUCCGCUCUGCUACUCCAGGCCGCUUUACCCGGAAUCCGAAAUCGAACUAGUGAUACCCAUAAUGCCAGUAAUGGCCACAGCAGUAACCUGGCGACAGAGCUAAGUGACGCCCUCCAGGCGAAUCUCAGCUACAUCGCCUGCCUGGUGUUCGGCACGCGAGAAGAAAAGAAGACCCUGUUGGACCUCAUCAACCAAGGGCAACCGCCUCUUCGCGGGAGUGAAAGCUUCUCCUCCCACCGGCCGACCCAGCUCUGGGUCGCAGCGACGCUCUACGCGACCGCUACCGAUUUCUACCAGCGUGUCUACGGCCUCGUCAACUACACCACGGCCGAGAAGGCUUACGCAGAGUUUACAGUCCUCAUCCACGCCAUGGGGUUGCCUUCGGGUACUUGGCCCGAGAACCGACAGGCAUUCUGGAAGUACUGGGACGACCAGAUCGAGCAGUUGACCGUCACCGCAGACGCACACAAGUUUGCCCAGGACCUUCUCCACCGCAACGAUUAUCCCCGCUGGGUCUCGUUCAUGAAACCGUUUUUGCGGGUCCUUACGAUUGAGAUGUUGCCACCGCGCAUUAGAGAGGCUUACGGGCUUAAGUCGACAUUUAGUACCCGGGGCCUGUAUCGGACCACCAUGGGAUUCUCGGUGGCGGUGUACCCUGCACUACCGACGUCUACACGAGGAUAUCCACUGCGCUAUUAUUUGCAAGAAUUACGAAAGCAUAUGAAUGUCGUGUAGAUAAUUGGUACUUUCUGUCUUAUCUUUUGGCGUAGGGCGUGCACCCAUGUCAUCCAAGCGAGCUCGUGGAAUUAUCUGAAUGAGAUUAAAGAGACAGACUAGGAUGAAAAUCUCUGCCAUGCACGUGGUUAG